AUGAGUGGGAUUUUAAAGUGGGCUGAGUCAAAACUCGAAAAAUUCGACUAUCCCGCUACAGAUGCCUUCAGCUCAGAAAAAAGCCUCGAAAACGAAAGAGAAAAACAAAUCGAAGACAUGCAGCAAUAUAUCGCUAAAUUAAAAGCUGAUAUGAGAUCUAUAAGAAAUUUAUCAAACCAGCAAGCAGAAGAAUUCCAAGACAAACUUCAAGCCCAAGCUGAAACUUAUAACCUCACUGUUGCAGAUUUACAGCAGCAAGUAAAGCAGAUGUCUGAAGAAAACCUUUUGUUGAAAGAAAAACUCAGGGCUUCUGAUAAAAAAAUUAUAGCCCAGCUGCGAUUAUUGAUCGCCCUGGGCUAUAAUAAGGCUCAGAAACUCCCCGAGUUGGCUUUGCAACUCAAGUUGACAAACCAACUCGGGAGUUGACAAAUGCCGCCUAUAAAGGGUAUUUGCCAACUCCCCGAGUUGGUUUGUCAAUUUGAGUUGCAAAACCAACUCGGGGAGUUUCUGAGCCUCAUUAUAGCCCAGGGCGAUCAAUAAUCGCUCCUGGGCUAUACCAGCUUAGAAGAAAGAAAUGCACAGCUUAUUUCUUCUUUAGAGACUGAGCUAUUGCCAGAACAAAGACCUGAGGCCACAUCUGACCAAUUGCAGUAUGAAAUCAAUAUAAUGAAGCAGCAAGUCUCUAGCUUAAAAGGUCUUCUCAAUGCUGAAAAGCUAAAAACAGAAAAUGCUAUAGGUGAACAAGCCCAGGAGCGAAAAAUUUUUAAUAUUGAAAAAAAUAAUUUAGAAGGAAAAAUAGGAGAACUAGAAGAAGAGCUAUAUAAAACUAAAAGAAAUAUAGAAGAGCUUAAAGAGCAGCUUGAAGAAAGCAAAACAAAAGAGCCAAGCAGCAGCACAGACUCACAAAAUUUGCUGGCUCUUUCUGAACAUUUGCAGACAAAACAAAGGUCAAUAGAAGCUCUUAUAAGUGAAAAAGCGACACUAAUUUUGCAAUUAGAAAAUGAGAAAAAAGAAAAACACAAACUGUUGGAAGGAACCUAUCAAAAUCGUGUAAAUAGACAGCCACUGACAAAUAUUGGGAUUUUUAAAGCGAGAGGAAAGCUUCAUAGAGUUAUAGAGUGGCUUGAUGACGGCCUGCGAGAAAUUGGUGACACGCUAGAUGAAAUUGCGUUAGCAAGGUUUGGAGUCCUUAUUUAUAUGCUCGUGAUUCAUUUUUGGGGACUUUAUUACAUUCUAGGGCACGAAGAGAAGCCAUUUUUAAGCUCAAAUUAA